UCCAAUUAAGCACCAACAACUUUUCUUCCUAUACAAAAACACCCUUCAUUUCCAAAAGCUAUAUUUAUACAUAUUAUAUGACGGUUUAAUUGUUAUCCCUAAAAGUUAAUAAUAAUAUAUUUCUCUAGUUUCCUUACAAUGUCUAGUAGCAACAACACAAUGGUAGCAAACGAGCGCAUAGGAGCAGAAAUAGUGUAUGGUUCAGAAAAUUGCUACAACCAAUCCAUUCAACUCUUAGAAGAGCUAGGAUUUCCAAAAGGUGUUCUUCCCUUAAAAGACCUUACUGAAUGUGGAAGAGUUAGAGAAACAGGGUUUGUUUGGAUGAAACAAAAGGCACCAAGUGAACAUUUUUUUGAAAAUACUAAAACACUUGUGAGCUAUGCAAUUGAAGUCACAGCUUAUGUUGAAAAAUUCAAGAUGAAGAAAAUGAGUGGAAUUAAGAGUAAGCAAAUGUUUGUUUGGGUGAGUAUAAGUGAAAUGAGUAUUGAUGGUUUUAAAGGAAAGAAAAUGUUUUUUAAGACACCUAUGGGAAUUGGUAAGUCAUUUCCUGUUACUGCUUUUAUGAAUUCUGAGGAAAAGGAAAAGUUUCAGUUGAUGCUAUUGAAGGAUAAGGAGGUUGAGAUCAAAGAAAAUUAAUUGAUUGCAUAUGUUUUUUUUUUUAGUUCAAUUAUUGAGAAUUAUGUUAUGAAUAAUAGAUGAGUAUAAUGAGAUCCUGAUUAUUGAAAAUUAUACCAAGUAGAAAGUUUAUGUA